ACAACCAACCUUUGACCUCCAAACCCAGCCAGCCACACUGCCCAGAUAAGGGAAAAAGGAAAAACCCACCUCUUCCUCCUCUCCUCUCCUCUUCCUUUCUCCCUCCUGAUUAAUCCCUCUCUCUCUCUCUCCCACUUCGCUUCUUCUCAACUAAGAAUCCAUAAGCCCAUAACCCUUUACUUAUAUUCCUUUCCUUCUGGGGGUUUCUGUUCUUGAAUCUGGUUUGUUUUCCUGUGCUGGUUUUUCCUGCUCCCCCUAGCUACUACCUUAAUUACUCGAAAAUCACAACCAGCAGCAGCAGCGACACUGUUUGGGUGUGUAGGGGAAGGGAGUUUGUCUCUUUCUUUGGGGGCUGGGGGUCGGUUUUGGGUUUCCGAUCUGAAGAAAGAAAACCGGACAUUGAAGUCUGGGAAGGAGCAGCAGCAGCAGCAGCCGAGAGAAACCAGAAGAAGAGAGAAAGAGGCGGCAAGAUGGUGCGGGGGAAGACGCAGAUGAGGAGGAUAGAGAACGCGACGAGCAGGCAGGUGACCUUCUCCAAGCGCAGGAAUGGGCUGCUGAAGAAGGCGUUCGAGCUGUCUGUGCUUUGCGAUGCCGAGGUUGCCCUCCUCGUCUUCUCACCUCGCGGCAAGCUCUACGAAUUCGCCAGCGCCAGCAUGCAGGGCACAGUGGAACGUUACAGGAAGCAUGUGAAAGACAGUCCAAAACCCAGACCGCCACCCGAGCAAAACAUGCAGCAGUUGAAGGAGGAAGCAGCAAACAUGAUGAAAAAGAUACAGGUUCUUGAAGCCUCCAAAAGGAGGAUGAUGGGAGAAGAUCUAGGAUCAUGCACUAUGGAAGACCUACAGCAGAUUGAGCAACAGUUGGAGAAGAGUGUCGGCGUCGUUCGAGCCAAAAAGAACCAAGUCUUCAGGGAUCAAGUUGAGAAGCUGAAAGAAAAGGAGAGAGUGUUGUUGGCUGAGAAUGAGAAGCUGUGCCAAAAGGUCAGCACUGCUUCACAAUAUGACUCCUAUACUAUUAUGCUGUGGGCCUGUGGCAUGAAUUUGCUAACGUGAUGACUAACCAAACUAAAUGUUUGCCCUAAACUUUGAACAUGGGAUGUUUUGGAAAGUGUUAAUGUUCCCAAAAUGAUUAGAAUUGGGUAUUAUAUAUAAAGAAUGAGUUUUGGUUGUGCAGUGUGGAACGGACUCAUCAAUGCAUGAAGAGCAAGAGCAGCAGCAGCACCAGCAGAAAGAGAAAGAGAAGGAGAAGGAACAGCAGAAUGAAAAUUCAGGGUAUGAUGAAGGCAGUCCAGUUUCAGAUGUGGAGACUGAACUCUUCAUUGGACUUCCAACCAAGCGCUUGCUUCCUAGGAAUUAGUAGCUAGCAUUCCAUUGAUUGGCCUUUGCAAGCUGCAGCUGGGUGUUAUUACUUCAUUUCCACAUUCGGCCCCUCCUGAUCAAGUUAUGUUCAUGUUUCGACGCCUCAACUGUUCUAUCGUAUUCAUUUUCUUCUUAUGCUAUAUAUAUAGAGAGAGAGAGCUGUGACAUUUCAAUAAUGUGGUGAUGAGUGCCAACAUGAACUGUAUUUCAUUGGGUUGGCAUCUCAUCCGAUCCUAGCUUUAUCCCCCCUAGCGAUCCUUUGUAAAACCAUGACAAUACUUUGUUCCCACAAAUCUGAAGUAAUGUGUUGUUGGUGACUAUCCAUAUCUAGAUUUGUACAUGUCCACCACAGUAGUGGGGAAUGGAGGGAAGUCAAAAGUACCUUGAUUUGCAUUUUGGCAAUGAGAAUUAAAAACACAUUAAUUACUUUCCUUUUUUU